UCUCUUGGCCAGCCAGAUUUUGAUAAUUUUAGGCAUGAACAAGAUCUAUGAAUGCCAAAUAAAAUCAAAGAACACAGAAGAGCAGAGUUCCAAAGAAUCCUAAUUAACAUCUAUAAGAAAUUUGGGGUCAAAUAUAUGAUAAAAGAGACUAUCAACUCCCUCGUCUCUCAAGACGACGCCAAAAGUGACCUUAGUCAGGAUCAAGAGUUAAAGAUAAUUCCUGAAUAUGAAGAAGAUUUAGACAACAACAUGAACGAAGACAGUGGGUUUAUCGAUACAUACAUAUUGAAAACAGAUCCUGAUGAAGACUAUCAUUUCGGGUUUAAGAUAAAAUUAAAGAACUCGGAAUCUCUUAGCCAGAUCUAUUCAGAAAUCAAUGAAACAGGCGAUACGAUGAGCAAAGGCUUAACUCCAGAGCAGAAAGCCAAAAUCCUUCACUUGAUCUCAGAAAAUUAUCUAGCUGAGGACCAGGAUGACUCCAGCAAUCAAGAUAUGGAAGAGGAAGAGGAAGAGGGAGGACACAGAGGAAGGAUCAACAUAGAGAUGCUCAAUCUGACAUAA